AUGAUAAUUAAAAAGAGGUUCUGGGGAAGUGAAGGGCAAAAACGACCUUUACAUGCGCUGGAAGACAGGAGAGCACAAGCAGGACUGCACAACGUCACCAGGGUUAACCAGAAGCAGAAGGCUCCUGUUUACACCCACAGCACUGAGAACUGCAGAGCUACUCAUUAUCAGGUAGAAACGAAAGCUGCAACACCUUCCUCACCUGGAGCAGAUCAAAGCCUGAAGCCUCAAAUUGCAGCCCCUGAGCUCGCUAUGAACAAUCCCACUCUUACUACAGUUGCUUUAGAAAAGCCCUUCUGUGUGUUUGACAGCUCGCUGCACCCAAAUAAAUCUUACUUCAUCUACCUGUAUGCAAUGCAGGAGUCAGCCAGGAGCUCCCUGGUGACUGAUGGCAGCAGCAAACCCCUGGACAGCACCUUCCAGCAAACAAAUGGGGGGCAGCUCGGGCCCUACAAGGCUGCUGCGUUCCAUGUACCCAGCUGUGCCUCCCCUCCCAGACUUGUGGACGCAGGAGAUGUCAGCAAAGUUUCUGAUGUCCUGAAACAAUACCUGUUCAGAGUCGGGGAUGACGGGACUUGUCUGUACGACCCAAACUUCCUCGAUGUCUGUAACCCCCCUCUCGCACCAGACACAACUUACAGGUUUAAGUAUGUGCUAAUAGAUAACACUGAAGGUAUUGUGAAAGACCAAACUCUCUGGUCUGAUCCAAUCAAAACCAGAAGAGUUAAACUUCCCUUGCAAAUUGACACGUGGCCUGGCCGAAGGAGUGGAGCCAUGAUUGUCAUCACCUCCAUCCUGAGCGUGCUCCUCUUCCUUCUGCUUGCUGGGAUUCUGGCUGCUGUGUCCUCGGCUGUCGUGAGACCAGAAAGUCCUCCUGCAGACACAAAGUGCUCCCCUCAGACUACUCAGCCAAGUGACCCGAGACCACAGCUGGGCUCUGAGUGACCAGCCUGGCUGCAGUCAGGGUGGGGCUGCAGCUGAACUGCUCCACAUGCUGAGACACACAGGACCAUCUCUUCUAUUCAACACGAGUCCAAAAAGGCUCCAGAACACAACCAGGCAACUGGAGAUGAUGAACCAAGGACAGCUGUUUUGAAGUCUUGCAGUGUGUAUAUAUAUACAGCCCUUGUCCUAAUGAGAUUUGAUGUAGUUAAUUACCUUGCAUAGCAUAUAGAACGUGAAUAGUGAAUAUCAAAUGCCUGGAAUGAAGAAAAAAAAAAAUCUUUGAGAUCCUUCAGCUCUGGGGGUUGAUCAGAGGUUGUCUAAUGGAGACCUCUCAUCUGGAGUGAGCAUUAGUGCAGCCCUCGCCUGCUUCUUGCAGUCAGACAAUCAGGAUGGAGCUGUUUGUGUGUCAGUGUUCCUCCAGAGGAACUGAUGAGGAAUAUGUGCUGCUUUCUUUUCCAUUGAUGCCAACUUCAAAGCCCUUCUUUACACCUAUUGAGCAUGUGGGAGCAACUGUCCUAUAGUAGCAAGAAUCUGGGAUAAGUACAAAGCUGUCACCG